UAUACGAUUUAUAGAUCACGACAAGACAACUCGUGGUUGUCUAUAUCACGUGACUACAGUCAUAUGAAUGAUAAUAACAAAUUUUAUAUAGUAGACAUUUAAAGUGUGUUUUUGCGUAGAACAUACCUAGGAACUUCAUAUGCAAAUCAGCAAUCAAACAUGAAGACGACACAGUGCUUGUUUUAUAUCUUAGUAUUGCUUCCCGUGGUAUAUACCUUGCCAUAUCUACACUCAGAAUGGAAACUCUGGAAGAAAAAGUAUGGAAAAAUGUAUGACACAAAGAACGAGGAGAAAAUUCAUUUUGAUAACUGGAAGAAAAACUACGAAUAUGUCAUAAACCAUAAUAAAAUGGGCGACCGAGGUUUUUCAUUGGAAGUGAAUCAAUUCGCAGAUCAGAAAAUCCUCCGACCAUCACCUAGUUUACCAAACAAUGAAGGUCAUAAAUUGCAAGACAAUGCUGACUUGAUAUUUGUUCCCAAAAGUCAAUCUGCUCCUGCAAGUUGGGACUGGCGGGAAAAGGGUGCUAUUACUGCAGUAAAAAAUCAGGGACAGUUGGGAGAUGUUCAGUCAAUCGUUACCGAAGAGUGUGUUGAGAGUUACGGUCAAAUCAAGACAGGAGAACUUGUAGCUGUGAGCAAAAUAGAAAUACAUGACUGUUGUGUACAUCAACAUUUUGUAACAGAGGAUAUUUUCGGGUGUAUACACAAUAUGGGAGGUGUAUGUUCCGAGGCCGAUUAUCCACAAACACCAGGACAAUGCAGGAACAACACGUGUACCCCUGCUAUUCAGAUACAUGGCGGAAUGAAAGUACCUGUUGGAAAUGAAACAGCUCUUAUGGACGCUGUGUUUAAAAUGCCUGUUAUGGCUCUAAUAGAUGCUAGUCAUGCUUCAUUUCAAUUAUACAGAAGUGGAAUCUACAGCGAACCAUUGUGUAAAAGCACACAAUUAGACCAUGCUGUUCAAGUAGUUGGAUACGGUAGCAUGAAUGGAAGAGAUUACUGGAUAUGCAAAAACAGUUGGGGUGUAAAUUGGGGGGAUAGAGGUUAUAUUUUGAUGGCGAGGAACAAGGGCAACAUGUGUGGAAUUGCCUCAUUUGCUUCAUAUCCUGUAUAAACAAGAAAAGAUGUCAAAAAGUAAAAGAAACCUACAGAAAUUAUUAUGCUUCAUUGGUCUGCUUGCAGAGUCAUUACAAACAAUGUUAGAACAAAUAUUUGUGUUUAUUUCCAUUGAACUCAGCUCUACUGAGGUGAAAAGCCUAAAUACAUAAAAAUUGUAAUUCUUACAUAGAUGAACUUUUGUAUUUAAAAUGGAAAAUAUGCAAUAAAAAUUAAUGUUAAAGAAUUAUAUUCGAAAUUAAAUAGAAAAAAUGUGUUUGUGUGGACUAUCAACCUGUUUGAAUCAAAAGCAUUUUACAACGCUUUUCUUUAAUUAGUCAUUAUACACAAUUAAAAUGAUUAUUCUGAAGAAAUAAAAUCUUAAAUUCUGCACACAAGUUGUUGGCCCAGACUUCCAUGGUAUAUAAAUCUCAACAAAUAUUCUCUGUCCCGUCAUGUAAAAAAAACUCAGUGCAGUCCCAUUAAUACAAAUGUUGCAGCAAGAAUCGCCCUACAGUGUAUGUGUGAACUUUACAAAUAAUUUUUUUUAAACUUUUCUUCAAAACUUUUUUUCCGCGCCCCUUACUCUCUAACUGCGUACUCUUUUACUAUUCCGCAAUAAAGCUGUUGCAGCACAAUUUAUGAGCCUAAGAUAAUUAUUUUUAAUUGAAUCGAACUUCUGAAGUUUAUAUAUUAUAGCUGAUAACUCGACAAAAUCAAA